UGGCAUAUAAAUCCACCUUCUCACAAGUGUAGCUUUAGAAAACAUUACAGAUACAGGUUUAUUCGAGAAAAAAAGAAGCUAGAUUAAUCAAAAGCCAUGGGAUUGUACUGGGUUUUCAAAGCUGUUGGACUGUUAUCCAUGGCUGCGAUGCUUUUUACGAUGUUGCGUAAAAUAAGUUUGAGUUUCUGGAUAUGGCCAAACAAAGCAUACAAGAAGCUUCAAAUGAAUGGAAUAAAUGGACCCCCUCCAACAUUUCCUAUGGGAAACAUUAAUGAUAUGGUAACCAUAUCAAAGAAAACUAAACCAUCUCCUGUUAGCACCGACUUGACUAGUCAUGAUAAUUAUUCAACGGUCUUCCCCUCCUUCGCUUUAUGGCAAAAAUCUUACGGAAAGGUGUUUGUGUACUGGUUAGGGACCGAACCGUUUUUGUAUGUCUCGGAUGCGGAGUUUCUGAGGCAAAUGAAUGCGGCUGUUCCUGGGAAGAAUUGGGGAAAAUCAAGGCUUUUUAAGAAUGACAGGGAUGCCAUGUUUGGUGAUGGCAUAGUUAUGGCGGAAGGUGAGGAUUGGGUUCGUCACCGGAAUGUUCUUACGCCGGCUUUCUUUCCGCCCAACCUUAAGGCCUUGGCAAGCUUUAUGGUAACAUCAACAAAUAAUAUGAUAGACCGUUGGGUCUCCAUUAUCAACUCCGGCCAGCAAGAAAUCGAUAUCGAAAAAGAAAUUAUUUUGACAACCGGAGAAAUUAUAGCCAAGGUAAGCUUCGGUAUGACCUAUGAGAAUGGAAGGAAGGUUCUGGAGGGACUAAGAGCUCUGCAACAAACUCUUUUCACUUCCAACCGUUAUGUUGGAGUACCAUUUAGCAAGUAUUUGUGCCUUAAGCAAAACUGGGAAGCAAAAAGGCUAGGUGAAGAAAUUGAUGCUCUUCUUUUAUCGGUUAUAAACGACAUUACUAAAUCAAAGAAAGUUGGAGAUCAUGCUAGUGUUGCUGAUGAUGAAAAGACUAUACUGAACAUGGCACUGGCUGAUGAUGAAAGUCUCAAGUUAUUAACAACUAAGGAAAUGGUGGAUGAGUGCAAAACGCUUUUCUUUGGAGGCUAUGAAACCACAGCUUUGGCACUAACAUGGACUCUGUUUCUGUUGGCUCUGCAUCCCGAAUGGCAAAAUCAACUCAGGGAGGAGAUCAAACAAGUUGUUGGAGAUCAAGUUGUCGAUGCCAACAUAGUUGCUAAACUUGAGAAGAUGGAAUGGGUAAUGAAUGAAGCUUUACGUUUAUAUCCACCUGCACCUAGCCUACAAAGACAGGCAAGAGACGACAUUGAAGUAAAUGGGGUGAUCAUCCCUAAAGAGACCAAUAUCUUGAUUGAUGUUAUGGCAAUUAUGCAUGAUCGUGGUUUUUGGGGUGACACUGUACACCAAUUUAGACCUGAAAGAUUUGAGUCUGAUAUCUUAUAUGGAGGCUGCGAAAACAAGAUGGGGUAUGUGCCUUUUGGUUUUGGCGGGAGAAUGUGCAUUGGUAGGAACCUUGCGAUCAUGGAGUACAAGAUUCUUUUAACCUUACUUUUGAGUAGGUUGUCGUUCUCGCUUUCACCUUACUACACUCAUUCCCCUGCUUACAUAUUGUCUCUUAGGCCUGCCAAGGGAAUGCCCCUCAUAGUUCAACCUUUGUAUUAGGUUGGCAGAGUAAGAUUAAUUUUGGACUGUGUGUUUUUUCAAAUAAGGUGGACAAUUUGAUCCAGACAUAUCCUAGACAUUUGCUGGUUUUGUUGCUUAAUGGCAUCUCAUUUUCUGCUUUUA